UUCUUCCGGAAGACGUGUUCCUUCUACUUCCGGAAGACGUCUACCUUCCGGAAGACGUUCCGUUGGUUUUCGUUGGCCGCGCUGCGAAUGUGGACGAGCCUGCCAUGUCGUACCGUAAUGCCGAGAUGCUGCCCGUCGGCGUCACCACCGCCACCACCACCACCACGGUGAAGAAAAAGAAGCAGAAGACAGCUGGCGGUGGUGGCGGUGGCGGUGGUGGUGGUGGUGGUGGCGGUGGUGGUGGUGGUGGUGACGAGGGUGAGCUGCUGGAGCUGGCUCUCGCCGCUGGGGUUCGACUCCACCCAGAGGUCUUCAAGGUGGUGCUGGACCUGCUCAAGAUGAACGUUGCCCCGCACGCGGUGCUGCAGGUGCUGAGGGCCAUGAGUGGGGGCACCACUGGUGGUGUGGAUACUCGUG